AAUACGUGUUGGUACGUAGUGUUAUCUAAGCGUCAUAUUUCUGUUAUUCAAAAUUUACUUAUAUUAAGCCUUUUCUUAUUAGUUUAAUAUUUAGUCUGCUUAUUUCGAGUGAUUCACUGAGAAAAUGGCAGAUGUCGAUGUUAUUUGCCAUCGUGAAACAUUUAGCAGAGAUAUGCUAGGGCCAGCAGAAGACGCUGGCUCAGAGUCUACGUCAAGGCCAAUAGUUAUCGAGCGCCAAGAGCCAUCUAGUGGAUAUGACGAAAACAACUGUGAUCAGCAGAGUAGCCAGAGUGAGGGAAAUGAUGCUGAAGGACAAAAAGGUAUGCAACGUAAGAGAAAGAGCCGGAGAGGAAAGUAUAAACACAAAAAACGAAAAUGGAAGCCUUAUUAUAAAUUAUCUUGGCAGGAAAGGCGAGAAGUUGACGAACGAGAAACUAUGAGAGCAAAUCGUGUUCGAGAAGUUAGGUUUGCUCAUGGACAGGCGUUAGCACCGUAUAAUACAACACAGUUUUUAAUGGAUGAUCACAAUGUUCAAGAACCUGAUUAUGAACAUAUUAAUAAUGGACACCGUCAUAUUCAGAAAGAGAACGUUGGUGAUUCUUCGGAUGAAUUUUACAGCUCGCCUGAAGACGAGGAAGAUUUCUUGCAGCAACAGUUUUGUGAGGCAUAUGAAGACGUUCAUGCCGAGCGUCUAAAUUCUAUGUCCAAAAAUGAUCUAGUUCAAGAGUAUAUUCAGCUAGAAGAUAAAGUCGAAGAACUGGAAGUGAAAUUAAGAGACGCUAAAGCUAAAGUCUGUGUGUCGUCGAACAAAUCUGUAACUGACAGCGAAGUGCAGACACCUUGUACUAAAGAAUCGGAACAGUGGGAAAAAACUCGGAUAUUUAGAGAAGAGAUCACGAAACUCUUGAAAGAAAACCAGCAACUGAAGAACGAAAAUGAAAAACUGAGAAAUAUGGUAAAGAAUCAAUGGUCAUACUUUUCUACGUGUGGACGGAAAGUAAAGAUAAAAAGAGUUUGGACUGACCGGUCUUGAAACGACCUUUGGUGUAUUAUCGACGGCUUUAAAUCGUGUUUGAGAAGCAGGAAUAACUGAAGCCGUGAAGAUAAGAAAGUACAAUCACCACAUGUACUUACUAGCUUGUGGCGCCAUCUUCUGAUAAAUGAUUGCACUAGAAUAACGAGGUCGCGUCAAAUACAGUCAAAACAGUAAAUGUUGUGUAGGUACCUCGGUAGGGUAACAAUAUCUCCCUAACUCAUUAUUUAAUUUCUGUUGUGCAUAUUGGUGUAUAUAAAAUAUUUUAAUUCUAGAAAUAAACGACUUUCUAAUACCACAUUGUUAUUGAGUGUCUAUUUAAUGGAAACCAACAAUUUGGUGUUAUACAAGGUCGUUUAUUUCUAGUAUUAAAAUAUCUUCCUAAGAAUAUUUUAAUUUAAGUAUUUACCAACUCUCGAUACAUUUAGCUGUUUGUCGUUAUUCAAAAAAAUCUCCAUACGAAUACCUAAAUUAUUUUAAUCUAUUGGUAUAAACUGUGUGAACAUUGACUACAAACAGUUUGUCUUUGUGAUAUAUAUAUAUAUAUCCUUUAAUCUAACUUUUAAUAAUUAUAUUAUAGAUUUCUCUUCACUAAAGGUAAAAUUGAAAAUUGUAAUCUAAUAAUACAUCCUUUGAUUGAUCGCAUCCUCUGCUGUUGACUGCAGUUUCAACAAUUCAAGGCUAAUCAGCGCAACUUGUGUCAGUACACCAAAAUAAUACAGUUAGGCCAUUUAUAACGGUGAGUUAAAAAUACUAACAAAAAAAACCUAAAAAAACCAACAGAAAUAGUAACUUUUAAUAAUUUUUUUCAAUUAUUAAAUUAUUUUAGCACUUUUAUUUUCAGGCCUUUUCAGUUGUUAAUAAAUAGUGGGCGUGCAAACAAUACUAUGAUCAGGCAACAAUGAAGCUUGUUCUUGUAUAAAAUCCAUUAAUAAAAUUACAUUAUAUAACAUUUUCCUCGGCUAAACGUUGAUUUCAAGAGCUCUUGCUAUGCUGUAUUAUUAUUUAGUUUCUGUAGCUGUAAUUUUUGAUUUGUAAUAUUUUUAUUGCUACUUGAAAUAUUUGGCAUAAGUAUCAGUCAUAGAAAAUGACAUUACAUUUGAAAAUUUAGAUCUCUAUUAUCAUAUAUAGCAAAAUAAUUGAUUUAAAAAAAUUUUAAUUGACAAUCCCACAAGACUAAGCUUUACCUACGCAUGCAUAGUGCAACGACCUUUGUAUUCCUAAGGUAAUUUUGUGAGAUUAAUGUUGUAUGAAAUGACAGUCAGCGCUCACCGACUUGUAAAAUCAACUCAUCCUUGGUUAUUACGUAAGCUUGUCCAAUAUUAGAAACACUCAGCUUCCGAGGUUGGCUUACCAAAAUUAUGAUGAACCUUCAGAAAGUACAACUCACUAAAUAAUAGUUAAGAGAGGCGGACUAAUAUUUGGUUGUACUAAUUACAUCGUAGCAUGUAAGUGAACGAAAGUGUAGAGGAAGCUUUUAAGUUAAAUGUUUGAAAUAAUUAAGUUUGUAAUUACUCACAAUUACGUUUAGUUAGAGUUUAAAAUUCAAAUCUGUUACUUAACGUUAAUUCUGUCUGCCCUAGAAGAAGACGAUUUCAGAGAAAAACAAUUUUUUUCCUUCUUCUUUCGGCCAGUCCUCCGAUGAGUUAGCUGUAAAUUUGCUUACUUACAAUGCUAAAAUCCGGGGUUCAAUUCCCCGCGGUGGACAGAGUGAAGUAAGCCCACUGUGAAGUUUUAAACUAAAUAAACAAUAACAACAACAUCUUUUGCCCGAGCUCGGCUUAGUGGUUAGCAUACCGAACUGUGGAGCUGAGGUUACGUGAGUUGUAUAAUAUUACCUGACAAAAAUAAAAGAAGCUUCACGUUUUAGGGCCGUAGCCCGUAGGUGUUUUACUAAUCUUAUUAAUUCCUCUUUUAUCGUUAAAAUACAAACUACUCGAGAAACGUCUUUAAAUAUUAUCGAUUUAUUCUCAUUUUAAUUAAUCAUUUUGUUUUUUAAAUACAGGGGGAGCUUCUCCGAAGAUGACGUAUGCCAAGAGUAAACUGAGUAAUGAGCAAGAACAGUAUCCAAGAGGACCUGUGUGUUCUAGGAGCUGAUUCUUGUCAAUGGAGUAGUGCUAAUUUUGAGGUCUCUGGUGAUCCAUUCUAUCGAAUUAAAAAAAUUAAGAAUCCAGGAAUAAAUAGAUUGACAGACCUCGGUAAUCAGAUGUCAACUUUAGGUCUGAGCUUCGGUUGGAGGAUGAGUAGGAAGCAACAAAAGAAGGUGAAACUGUUCCAUCAUCCUCAUCUUCACUAAUUUUUGGAUCCCAGUGCUAUGUCGAGACACCUGUAGCUCAACAACUUGCAAGUAUUGAUGGUUUAGACAGUCUUUACGAUGAAUAAAUUCCUUCUUCAAAGUAACACUUUGGGAGAAAAUCGUGGAGGACUGACCUACAAAUAUAGUUUAGAUAGAAGGAACUGUGUUUUAAGAGACUAUGAAGAUGAAAGGAAACUAUAUUGGAAGGCUUCCUCCAGAUGGUGUGAAAUGUUGUGAAAUAGAGAAGUUUCUGGAACUAAUUGAACACAAUAUCAGAAUCUCCUCUUCCUAUAGAACAUGAUGUGAUUUUUAUUUCCAGGUUUCAUGUGUUUACAGUUUCUGAAUCAAAUACAGUUGCUCAGAAUGCUCUUAUAAACAUUAAAACCUCUAAUUUUCAGCUGAGGCUUCCUCGACAUCCGAGUUAAAAUAAAAGAAGAUAUGAGAUUCCAA